CUUUCGAUCCGAUCGAUCCUCGUCGGCGGCGAUGGCGGCGGCGGUGGAGCUCACUGGUGACGGAGGAACCACGGCGGAGACGAGGUGGCUGUCGCCGCCGCUCACCCACGACGACAACCGCGGCUUCCUCCAGAUGCUCCGGGAGAAGAAGGAAAGGUUGGGGGUAGGGGCGGCGAAGGUGGAGGUGAGGCUGGAGAAGCUGACGGUGGAGGCGGACGUGCGAGUCGGCCGCCGCGCCGUGCCGACGCUGCUCAACUGCGCCAUCAACGCCGCUCAGGAACUAGCAGCCUGUGCGCACAUGUGCACCACAAGGAAAAAGCCCAUGAAAAUUAUAAAUGAAGCAACCGGAACGAUUCGACCAUCAAGGAUGACACUUCUUCUCGGAGCACCUGGUUCAGGGAAAACAACCUUAUUAAAAGCAUUAGCAGGAAAGUUGGAUUCUUCUCUGAAGAUGAAAGGAAAGGUCACUUACAAUGGAGAAGAAGUGAAUUCCUCGACACCUCAGUAUCUACAUGCUUAUGUUAGCCAGUAUGAUCUUCACCAUGCUGAAAUGACAGUGAGAGAAACUAUUGACUUCUCAUCCAAGAUGUUGGGAACUAAUAAUGAAUUUGAGAUGCUGGGAGAAGCAAUUAGAAGAAAAAAAGGUGUCAUCAAUAGAGUGGACCAAGAACUUGACUCUUUUAUUAAGGCCACAACCUUUGGAGAAGGAAGCAACCUUACAACAAACUAUAUUAUCAAGAUACUUGGUUUAUCCGAAUGCGCUGAUACCCUAGUGGGAGACGAGAUGCGAAGAGGCAUAUCAGGAGGACAAAAGAAAAGAGCUACAAUCGGCGAGAUGCUAGUUGGUCUUGCAAGAUGCUUCUUCAUGGAUGAUAUAUCAACUGGUCUAGAUAGCUCCACCACAUUUGAGAUCAUGAAGUUUCUGCAACAAAUGGCUCACUUGAUGGAUCUCACAAUGGUUAUUUCCUUGCUACAACCACCACCUGAGACAUUGGAGUUAUUUGAUGACAUAAUCCUUUUAUGUGAGGGGCAAAUUGUGUACCAUGGUCCUCGAGAAAAUGCUACAGAUUUCUUUGAAACUAUGGGAUUCAAAUGCCCCAGCAGGAAGAAUGUAGCAGAUUUCCUUCAAGAGGUGACCUCGAAGAUGGACCAAAAACAAUACUGGAUAGGCAACGCAAAUAAGUAUCAAUACCAUUCAAUUGAAAAAUUUGCAGAGUCCUUCCGUACCUCGUACCUCCCAAGACUCGUAGAAAAUGAUCAUUUUGAAUCAACUAAUGCCGGAAAGAGCAAGGAGGUAAAAACAAGCACAAGUCGCAUGAUCUCCAGCUGGAAUAUUUUCAAGGCAUGCUUUUCAAGGGAAGUGCUGCUCCUAAAAAGAAACUCUCCAGUGCAUAUAUUCAAGACCAUACAGAUAACUGUUCUCGCUUUAGUGAUCUCAACUCUUUUUCUCCGGACAAAUAUGAGACAUGAUACUGUACUUGAUGCCAAUAAGUACAUGGGAGCACUCUUUAUGGCUGUUGUCAUAGUAAACUUCAAUGGCAUGACUGAAAUUGCAAUGACAAUAAAGCGGCUCCCCAUCUUCUACAAGCAAAGAGAAAUACUAGCAUUGCCAGGAUGGGCACUCCUUUCUUCAGUAUUCCUCCUUAGUCUGCCAAUAUCAUUUGUAGAGACAGGUCUUUGGACCGGCUUAACCUACUAUGUGAUCGGCUACGCACCUUCCUUUGUCAGAUUUAUCCAGCACUUUGUGGUACUUUUUGCCAUGCAUCAAAUGUCAAUGAGCCUGUAUCGCUUCUUGGCAGCCAUAGGAAGAACACAAGUAAUGGCUAAUAUGCUGGGGACUGCAGCUCUUAUAGCAAUCUACAUACUUGGAGGCUUUGUCAUAUCAAAAGAUAACCUCCAACCAUGGCUGCGCUGGGGAUAUUGGACGUCCCCAUUCACCUAUGCACAGAAUGCAGUUGCCCUGAAUGAAUUCCUUGACGACAGAUGGGCUACAGAAUUUCAUUUCGCAAAUGCAAAUACUGUUGGUGAAACGAUCCUCAAGGUAAGGGGGCUGCUCACAGAGUGGCACUGGUACUGGAUCUGUGUGAGCAUUUUGUUUGGAUUCUCGCUGGUCUUCAACAUCCUCAGCAUAUUUGCACUACAAUACAUGAGAUCUCCACACAAGCAUCAAGUUAACAUCAAUGCCACAAAGGUGAAAGUAGACUACAACAGCCAGAUAGUUGGAAAUGGCACGGCAUCAACGGACCAAGUCAUCCUCCCAUUUCAGCCCCUCUCCCUUGUAUUUGAUCAUAUCAAUUAUUUUGUUGACAUGCCUAAGGAGAUGACAAAAUAUGGAGUAACAGAUAAAAAGCUUCAGCUGCUACAAGAUGUCAGUGGUGCUUUCAGGCCAGGGGUGCUAACAGCUCUGAUGGGGAUCACUGGUGCUGGAAAGACAACACUGCUCGAUGUUUUGGCUGGAAGAAAAACUGGAGGAUACAUUGAAGGAACUGUAAAAAUAGCAGGCUACCCAAAGAAGCAGGAGACAUUCUCAAGGAUCUCAGGCUACUGUGAACAGAGUGACAUUCACUCCCCCAAUCUCACCGUAUAUGAAUCACUGCAGUUUUCUGCAUGGCUUCGCCUUCCUUCAAAUGUUAAAUCUCACCAGAGAAAUAUGUUUAUAGAUGAAGUCAUGGACCUAGUUGAGUUAACUGGACUGAAGAAUGCCAUGGUUGGCCUAGCAGGAGCGACAGGCCUGUCUGCUGAGCAGCGAAAAAGACUAACAAUAGCUGUUGAGUUGGUAGCUAGUCCUUCCAUUAUAUUUAUGGAUGAGCCAACCACUGGUUUGGAUGCUCGUGCUGCAGCAAUUGUCAUGAGAACAGUAAGAAAGACAGUAGACACUGGACGAACUGUUGUCUGCACAAUUCAUCAGCCAAGCAUCGAGAUAUUUGAAUCUUUUGACGAGCUUCUACUUAUGAAGAGAGGAGGUCAGCUCAUAUACAGUGGUUCAUUAGGUCCCCUAUCUAGCAAUAUGAUAAAGUAUUUCGAGGCUAUACCUGGUGUUCCUAGAAUAAAAGAGGGGCAAAACCCAGCAGCGUGGAUGUUAGAUAUCAGUUCGCGCACAGCAGAAUAUGAGAUUGGAGUGGACUAUGCAGAAAUUUAUCAGCGCUCAUCCCUAUACUGGGAGAACAGGCAACUAAUUGAUGACCUAGGAAAACCAGAACCAAACACAGAGGAUCUACAUUUUCCACCCAAAUAUUGGCAAGACUUUAGGGCACAAUGCAUGGCAUGCCUGUGGAAGCAAAAUUGUGCUUAUUGGAAAAAUUCAGAACACAACGUUGUCCGAUUCAUAAACACAUUUGCUGUGUCAAUUAUGUUUGGAAUUGUAUUCUGGAAAAUUGGCUCAACCAUUAAGGAUGAGCAAGAUGUAUUCAACAUACUAGGGGUUGUGUAUGGGUCAGCACUAUUUCUGGGUUUCAUGAACUGCAGCAUCUUACAACCAGUUGUAGGAAUGGAAAGAGUUGUCCUCUACAGAGAGAAGGCGGCAGGCAUGUACUCCACUAUGGCGUACGCCAUUGCUCAGGUGGCAGUUGAAUUGCCUUACAUGUUUGUCCAAGUAUUCAUCUUCUCAGCGAUUGUGUACCCAAUGAUUGGGUUCCAAAUGACUGCCACAAAGUUCUUUUGGUUUGCCCUCUACAUGGUGUUAAGUUUCCUGUACUACACGCUCUAUGGGAUGAUGACAGUAGCACUAACACCUAACAUUGAGAUAGCAGCUGGGUUGUCCUUCCUCAUCUUCAUCUUUUGGAAUGUCUUCUCUGGAUUCAUCAUUGGAAGACAGAUGAUCCCGGUGUGGUGGAGAUGGGUGUAUUGGGCAAACCCGGCGGCAUGGACGGUGUACGGGCUCAUGUUCUCGCAGCUGGGAGACCGGACGGAGCUGAUCCAGGUGCCAGGGCAGCCAGAGCAGACGGUGAAGGAGUUCCUGGAGGGCUACCUCGGACUCCAGGACCGCUACUUCAACCUCGUCACCAGCCUGCACGUCGCCAUCAUCGCGCUCUUCACCUUCCUCUUCUUCCUCUCCAUCAAGCACCUCAAGUUCCAGAGGCGGUAGCACGGAAUUGAUGCGUGCAAACUGCAAAUAUACACUAAUAACCAAUCACUUAACUGUACAAAUGUAAGAGAACAUAACAAAAAUGCACAACAUAAGGAUUUGUUACUAAAAUAUGUAAACCGUAAGGGAUUUGCAUGUGUAAUAGCAGUAUAGAAUUGUUGUAGUACCAUGGUCGAGAAAUAUACAAAAGAAAGCAAGUGUAUAUGUUGGAAGAAUUUGUAAAGAUAUAGUUUCGUUCGCAGAUUGAUUGCAAUGCAGACCGUGCCAA